GAGAAGUGGUUGGAGAACUGAGUCCUGGGGCAAUCCAAUAAUCAAAUGUGCCAAAUGCUGCUGACAGAUGGAGUAAAAUGAGGACUGGGAACGACCAUUGGAAGUCACUGGUGCAGGAUACAUUGCGGUCAGCGGUGAGAAGAAAAGCUGGAUUGGGUUAUGCUCAACGUAGAUGGAUUUCUUCAGGAAAUAAAUUGAUACGUGCGGGGGAUUUAAAAUGGGGGAGUCCGGAAGUGGUGGUUCACGCCUACAAUCCCAGCACUUUCGGUGGCCGAGGCGGGCGGAUCACUUGGUAUCAAGAGCUCGAGAUGAGCCUCGCCAACACGGUGAAACCCUGUCUCUACCAAAAAUACAAAAAAAGAAAAAAAAAUAGCUGUAACCCCAACUACUCGGGAGGCUGAGGCACGAGAAUAGCUUGAAUCCCGGAGACUGAGGUUGCAGCGAGCCGAAAUCGCGCCACUGCAGUCCAGCCUGGGCGAAAGAGAGAGACUCCGUCUCAAAGAAAAAAACAACAAAAAAACCCUGCAUGUCUAUAUUUUCGAAUUUGUAUGUAAGACGUCUUAAUUGUAUGCGUUAAAUUAAAAAAGGACAAAAGGAAUGGAACUACCAGCAGCGACUAAGUCAGUAAAAGAGUGGUAAUUGGGAAGGGGGUGGAAUAUACGCAGGCGCAAUAGCAAGCGUUUCUUUUGGAGGUUAUUUUCGUGUCAUAAAUUUCUAAAUUCACGUUGUCUUACAAGAGCAUGUUAAACAUUAAAACAUAAGAUUGUUUCUGGUCAAUAAGGGGUCUAUAAAAAAUAAAGCAAUAAGGUGUCUUGUUUAAUUUUAUGCCUUAAUUAAAAAAGAAAUAAACGGAACCCUCAGCUAUGACUUUUGAGAGUCAGUAACGGGGGGAUGGGAGGAGUCAAAUAUACGUAGGCGCAACAGCGAGGGAUCGGUCUGAGGCGGAUCUAGAAUUUCGUUAAAGGACAGCUAGUACAGCCAAUCAAGGACAGAGUCGGUGGCUUCUUCCCGGAGGAGACCGGAAGUUGGUUUCGGCUGCAGAGGGGAAGGCGGCUACCAGUGUAAAGCCAGAGCUGAGGUUCUUGAUAGUCCACAAUGGGUGAACCACAGCAAGUGAGUGCACUUCCACCACCUCCAAUGCAAUAUAUCAAGGAAUAUACGGAUGAAAAUAUUCAAGAAGGCUUAGCUCCCAAGCCUCCCCCUCCAAUAAAAGACAGUUACAUGAUGUUUGGCAAUCAGUUCCAAUGUGAUGAUCUUAUCAUCCGCCCUUUGGAAAGUCAGGGCAUCGAACGGCUUCAUCCUAUGCAGUUUGAUCACAAGAAAGAACUGAGAAAACUUAAUAUGUCUAUCCUUAUUAAUUUCUUGGACCUUUUAGAUAUUUUAAUAAGGAGCCCUGGGAGUAUAAAGCGAGAAGAGAAACUAGAAGAUCUUAAGCUGCUUUUUGUACACGUGCAUCAUCUUAUAAAUGAAUACCGACCCCACCAAGCAAGAGAGACCUUGAGAGUCAUGAUGGAGGUCCAGAAACGUCAACGGCUUGAAACAGCUGAGAGAUUUCAAAAGCACCUGGAACGAGUAAUUGAAAUGAUUCAGAAUUGCUUGGCUUCUUUGCCUGAUGAUUUGCCUCAUUCAGAAGCAGGAAUGAGAGUAAAAACUGAACCAAUGGAUGCUGAUGAUAGCAACAAUUGUACUGGACAGAAUGAACAUCAAAGAGAAAAUUCAGGUCAUAGGAGAGAUCAGAUUAUAGAGAAAGAUGCUGCCUUGUGUGUCCUAAUUGAUGAGAUGAAUGAAAGACCAUGAAAGAUGUUUCUUUUUCUUUUUUUCCUUUUGAUAAUAGCAUCAUAUAUUAGUUCAUUUUCUUUUGGACAGUCUUAAGAGAAGUUUCACUAAAAAUGUAAACAGCUUUAAUCUUGACUCCAACUUUUUCAAUUAUGAGAUGUCAUAGGCAGUAAUUUCGCUGUAUAACAAGCAUAGACAAAUGAGUAUCCCUGCACUAAGAAGAAUCACUUUAAAAAGCAAAGUGUUAGCUGCUGUUGUAUGGGACAUUCCUAUGUUUUAGAGUUGCAGUAAAACUUUGAUGAUAACCUCAAUAAUAGCAAAGUUUUCGUCUUUGAAAAGGGGAUUUAGCAUUUGCUUUAAGAAUGAUAGAUAAAUGGAUAUCAAGCUCUAUAAAUGUAAAACUAUGAAAUCUUUAGACUUAUUCCAUUAAAAAUUUUGCUUAAGCUCCAAAAAGUAGCGUAACAUGUUGAUAGAGAGGAGCCCAGUAGAGUUAUAAAAUAGAAACUUCAUUUUUUCCUCAUGACUGCUUCUGUAAACCCACUAGCUCAGUCUUUUCUCCCUAUCCUGAAUGGACUGUUGCAGGGAAGUCCCAUAAAUUGUUUUUUUUUUUUUUUUCAGUCACUCAGGUAAUAAGUCCUUUGGUCAUUUUAAGUUACAGACAUUAAUUUUAGUAAUUAAGAUGUCUGUGUCAUUAGCUACACAUUUUCUUUAAAGCUAAGCUCAGACUUGUUUAAGUCCAUAAUGGGAAAGGGGUGUGAUGGCAGAGACUGCUAGGUGUCUGCCAAAGAUUCUUGCUCUUUGAAGAUAUGUUGUCAAGAUGUGGCAACCCAGCCAGGGACAUUUCCCUACUCACAGCAUCUCUGUGAGAACAUAUGACUAAGUUGUAGGCGGUGAAAUGUGGGCAUAGGAAUCCAGGCUUGCCCCAUAAACAUUUCUUGCAUGAUCCUCCAUUCUCUUCUCCCAGCUGCUGGUUGGACGGUCGUAUCCAGGAUAAGUUUGGAAGCCACCGAAGAUGGCAAAGAUUGUCAGUCUGGUUCUUUGAAUGACCGUGAGGACUAAGUCUUCCUUUCAGUAACUCCACUCUGCCCCUAGCUAAUUGGACUUUAUAUGAGCACGUUCUUCUCUUCUUCCCCCGACUGUCCAUCUGCUCUUCCACCAAGGUGUUAGUGGAGAGUUGACCUUGUGUCUGAGGAUCUCUGCCUGCCGUUUUCUUAAUGUAGGCCCGUGGUUCUUAAAGUGUGUGGUCCUGGACCAGCAGCAUUGGUAUCACUUGGGGACUUACUAGAAAUAAAAGUUUUAGUAUAAUCCAUAGGUUCAGAAAAAUAAAAAAUAAAUGAGGGUUCUCUGGCUCCAUCCCAGACCUUUUGAACCAGAAACUUCUGGGUGUAGGUCCCAGCAAGCUGUAUUUUAAGAAGCCUAUGUGAUUAUGAUACAUGCUCAAGAUUAAGAACCAUUGAGGCUGGGUGCAGUGGCCCACUCCUGUAAUCCCAGCACUUCGGGAGGCUGAGGCUGGUGGAUCACCUGAAGUCAGGAGUUCGAGACCAGCCUGACCAACAUGGGGAGAUCCCAUCUCUACUAAAAUACAAAAUUAGCUGGGCUUGGUGGCGCAUGCCUGUAAUCCCAGCUACUCGGGAGGCUGAGGCAGGGAGAAUCACUUGAAUCUGGGAGGCAGAGGUUGUGGUGAGCUGAGAUUGCACCAUUGCACUCCAGCCUAGGCAACAAGAGCAAAACUCCAUCUCAAAAACAAAAAAGCACCAUUGAGAGGCAAUGCCUUUCCCCAGAUGUCUACUUUCUUAUUUCUUCCGUAGCCCCUGGUUUCUAGCAUAGGGAUUUGCUCAAUUAAACUUUCAUUGGUCCUAGAGCUAGCAAAAUUCACAUUAAAAUGAUUAUAAGGGG